UGGUGUAACAUUGGUUUUACUUUGUUUUAUAGAACUAAUCGUUGCCUGGUUUGCUUAUGUGUGAGGCGGCACUAUCAAAAUAGAGGCGAGAACCUUUUGUGUAUCUCUGGAUUUGGCUGGCAGAGGAGCUCUACGCUUCUUUAUAGACAGACACACAGGCUGAUGCUUAAUCUGCUUCAUCAAUGUGUAUGGUCAUAUUUGCUCCGCUUUUUGCUGUUUUAGCAUUUGCAACAUGUGGGGGAUAUUCUGGCCAGAUUAUGGUUAAAGUAGAAUGUUUCGAUAAAACUCAAAAUAACAUCAGCAUCAGUUUCAACUACCCAUUCAGACUGCAAGAGGUACACUUCAGUGCUCUUCUAUGUGAAGGAACCAGGAAAGAGACUCUCUUUCUGGAAGGGGAUUAUGCUUCAUCUGCACAGUUCUUCGUCACCGUGUCGGUCCUGGCUUUUCUCUAUUCCCUUUUGGCCACAAUUGUUUACUUCUUCUACCAGAACAAAUACAGAGAGAAGAACAGAGGUCCAGUAGUUGAUUUCUUGGUGACUUUAGCGUUCUCUAGCCUGUGGCUAGUGAGCUCUAUUGCCUGGGCUAAAACUCUGUCUGGGGUGAAGACGGUCACUGAUGUGCAUCAAAUCCUGCUGUUAAUGUCUGCUUGCAGAGCCCAGGAGAACUUAUGUGAAGUAUUGCAGGAGCCCAUCUGGACAAAUCUCAACAUGUCUGUGGCCUUUGGUUUUUUUAACUUCUUCCUUUGGGCUGGUAAUAUUUGGUUUGCCUACAAAGAGACAGGCUUGCAUAAGUCCACUAAGCGUCAUCUCUCCAGAACUCCCUCUGAGAAACGCGGCAGCUUCAGGCAGUACAGUCAAACCAGUUUUGAUCAAUCCGGAGGUGGUUUUGGCCAGAGGCUCUACAACCAGGGGAGUUUUGACUUAUCAACCGGAGGAUUCAGCCUACCCCGAACCAAUCUAGGACAGCCGAUGCUGUACCAACAGGUGGGGAGUCCCACAUCCAGAGGCCCUCUCAUUUUUGUUAAUGAGAUGUGAGAGAGAGUGUGAGUGUGGAGCAGA